ACUACAUAUCCCAGAAUGCUUUGCUUCGAUAACAAUACUUCCGCUGUAAACAGGAAGUGGAGGAUUUAUGGAGGAAAUAUGAAGCGGGUUGCUCGCCGGGUGUGUGACGACGGCCCGCUUCCCGAGGAGCAGGAGACCGAGGGUCAGAGGCAGCUGCACAACCUGCUGCUCCAGCAGCUCGACACAGACGUCGACGUCGACCGCUGUGUAGCGAAGAAGAAAUGCUUCGCCCCGGCUGCGCUAUACAAGCCGUUCGGUGAGCAGGCAGCAGGAGUGCGCAGUCUGGCCCAGUUCCAGGCACUGCAGGAUGGAGAGAAGGAACUCGCCAGCCUGAGAGAGCUGGGCCUCACCGAUGCCGAGAUCCAGCUGUGGAGGAACAGAGACUUGCAGGACAAGACGAGUGGCGGGAAGAAUCGUGGCGUGAGCGUAGCUCCUGAAGCACGGGAUGAGCGCCUGCAGGUCAUCUGGGACAAGAUGGCGGCGAGGGCGGAGUUAUUGUCCCGUCCUCAGCGCUUCUCAGGCAGCCGAGCUCUCACCCGGAGAGAGAUGGAGAUCGAGAAGGCUCUGUUCCACGGCAGUGACCGCUCCAGCUUUCUGUCUGCCCUCUACCAUCAAGAGGGAGAAUCACAGGCCGGCCAGCAGGGGGCGACAUCUUCAAACCCAAUGGACUCGUUAUACAGAGACUUCUUUAAAGAUCAAAAGAAAGACUCUGAGAGCGUCACACACUCCUCUCAGACGGAUUCCGAUCACAAACAAACACCACAUCCGGACCUGGACUCAGACUCGGAUCAGACGCACACUCUCGACAGCCAGUCGUCAGUAAUCACUGAAUCCACACGACCCUUCGGCACAACACCGUCUCAGAAUCAAGAAUCAUCAUCUGUUCCACAGAAACUGACAGUUAACCAGCCCAUUGGACGCGUGACCGCGUGUUGCAGUCAGGGCCAGAGCGGUCCAGUGACCGUCAGCGGUAAAGUAGAGGAGAUUUCAGACGAGGAGAUCAGGAACAAUCGGGAGACGGAGGACGGGAUAAGGAGAAUCUCACGCUUUCAGAACUACCAGCGUGGAGAGCCGUCGAAUGUGCUGUGUGUAAAGAACAUGAGUCCACGGGCCUCUUUGUCCCAGCUGGUGGCUCUUUUCUCCCGCUUUCAGAAGGACGACACAGAUCCAAUCGUGUACCGCGUCCUGACAGGCAGGCUGAAGGGUCAAGCCUUCAUUACCUUCUCAGAUAUAGAGACUGCACAAGCAGCGUUGGACACUGUAAAUGGAUACAAGCUGCAGGACAAGCCUCUGGUCAUUGAAUUUGCCCGAGAGAGGAGACACACAAAGACUGAGGACUCUACAGAAAAUCACAGCACAAAAGGAUCAACAGCGUAAAAGGAUCUGAGAAACUGAUCAUUAGAAUCUGAAGUAAUUAGAAGUACUUCUGAAGGUAUUUAUGUACAGAAUAAAACAUGUCAUGAUCUGCUGGUGUGAUCCAGACAUGAAGCAGAGUUGCUGUUAUCAUCCAGACCUUCCUUAGCAUUCCGUCUCUCUUAUCCCAUAGAAAUUUCCCAAACUUUAAUUUGUUUUUAAUUAAAGAAAUAUAUCAUUACAUUUUUUUGUCCAUUUAAAGACACAUAUUAUGUUUUGGAAUGUUUUAUCUCAUGCUGCAACAGUUAUAAAGUCGUUAUCUAACCAGUGUGACUGGUACAAAGCAGUAACACUGGACACUCCUUCCAAAACUGCUCAAUAAAUGUAUUCUGAAAACAGAACAUCCAAAAUGUUUAAUGACACGUUUUUGUGGAGCAUUUUCUGAAGGAAAAAUUGGAAAUAAACACACUCAACAUAGCAUUUGGUGAAAAAUGCAGUUUAAUGAAACGAUAUGGGGCAGACUAGGAUGAAUGUGAGGAUGAGGGUUGAAGUGAAGGAGUGUGGCAGGAGUGCUAGGACGGUAGUCAGUGUGGCUGAUCUUGGGGUAAUAGUCAAACUCAGAAUCAGAGGCAACAUCUUCGCUGGAACUCGAUCAACAGGAUCUUUAAGAUGAGCCUGGAGGAGAAUAGGUCACUUUCGACUGAGUCUAAGUGUGAGAUACAGUCACAGCUGGCAGAAUGCAGUAGAGUGGAGGAAGAGGAGGAGGAGGAGAAGGAAAGACAAAAGGGAGUAGGAGUGCAGAGAUGCUCGAGCAGAACCGAUAUGUCGACAGCUAAGCGUGCCAGAAGAUGACGUAGAUGUUGUGCUGGGUUAGGACGACCGUGCUCAGGGGGAGAGGAAAUUCCACUGACUCAAGCUGAAAAAGCAGAUAUACAAUAUAUAAAGUGUGAAAAUGGUUGAUUCCGAGUAAAGCUACAUGUAUGCACAUUAGUAAUACAAACACACAUACAGGAUAUAUCCAUUAAAGAAUACAAAGAUUCCAUCUGUUCAUGGGUACAAUUACACUCACACACACACAGCAUAGGUGAACCUAAAACUUGGAAACUAUACAGAUACAUCAGUGCAAAUAUGAAUAAAAGAGAAAAGUAAUACUUACACAUGAUAACAUUAUCCAACAUGGAAUAGAAUAGCUCAGGGAAGAUCUGUUCAAGCACGGCAUCUGAAGAGAAAAUGCUGUCGAAAGUGCCUAAGAGGUUUUUUUAAUAUAGCAAAAGAGGUGGAGACGAAAAUGAUAGGAAAGCUGAAGGCCUAAAACUGAAGCUAAUGGGAAUCGAUACGAGAAAACUAGAAACAAUGGGAAAUUAAAAAGCUGAAACCUGAACAUAGUGGGAAAAGUUUGAGCAGGGAAUUUAGAAAAACUAUGAGAGGAGCAUCAGUGACAUAGUACAUAUUAAGGAAAUUUAGGGGAAUUAAAUGAGAUCAUCCUGGGAUGUCUGGAUAAAUUGAUGACUGACUUUUUUUUGCAAUAAACUUUAUUUUUACUUGG